GCGCGGAGCCUCCCCGACUUCCCCGAGUCAGUCGAGUCCCACCCUGAAGAAGAUGGAGCUGGUCGGGGGCGCCGAGACUGAGAUCCGGGCUCUGAAGCCGUGUCUGCUGCGCCGCAACCACAGCCGCGAGCAGCAUGGCGUGGCGGCCUCCUGCCUGGAGGAGCUGAGGAGCAAGGCCUGUGACAUUCUGGCCAUUGAUAAGUCCCUGGCACCCAUCACCCUGGUCCUGGCAGAGGAUGGCACGAUAGUGGAUGACGAUGAUUACUUCCUGUGUCUGCCUUCUAAUACUAAGUUUGUCGCAUUGGCCAGCAAUGAAAAGUGGGCAUACAACAAUUCAGACGGAGGUACAGCUUGGAUUUCCCAAGAGUCCUUUGAAGUAGACGAAACGGACAGUGGGGCGGGGCUGAGGUGGAGGAACGUGGCCAGGCAGCUGAAAGAAGAUCUGUCCAGCAUCAUCCUCCUGUCCGAGGAAGACCUCCAGGUGCUCAUUGAUGCUCCGUGUUCGGACCUGGCUCAGGAACUAGGCCAGAGCUGCGCCACGGUCCUGGGGCUCCAGAACACCCUCCAGCAGGUGCUGGACCAGAGGGAGGAAGCCCGUCAGUCCAAGCAGCUCUUGGAGCUUUACCUCCAGGCUUUGGAGAAGGAGGGUAGCAUCCUGUCAAAGCAGCAAGAGUCCCAAACCGGCCAGGACCAGAUGGAUGCAGUCGACACGGGUGGUAACAGAGAGGGCUCCUCCGAAGUCACACUCCCGAGCCGGCUCCUUACUGCGCUGAAGGAGAAGCCUGCUCCAGAGCUGAGCCUGUCCAGUCAGGAUUUGGAGUGGGUUGCCAAGGAAGACCCCGGAGCGCUGGCCGCCGCUUUGAGCUGGGACGUGGAGAAGACGGUGUCCGCACAGCAGGCCUGUCACCGGGAGCUCAGCCUGCGCCUCCAGCAGGUGCAGAGCCUGCGUUCCCUCCGGAGCCUGUCGGCCAGGAAGAGUUCGCGGCCCGGAGCGCGGCGGGAGCCUAAGCGAGCCAGACGAGACCCCACCUAGCCGCAGCCGGAGACCCCGUGACCUUGUUCUCAGUAAAUACCUUCAGCCCGGUUACUGUAGCCGCUGCCUUAAUACUGUACCCCCUGCCUGACGGCACAUUCUGGAACAGGCUGGACGACCAGCCUCCAGAACCUUCCAGAAAAGUGCUGCCGCAUCUCAGCUCACGCCCUUGCAUUUUUUGAAUGGCAAAGCUGUACCCCACCCCCUCUUACUAACUACCUGUUCUCAGGUUCUCUGUCGGAAAGUACCUGUCAAGGGCAGUGAAAAGAAACUUGUAUUUCAGACUCACUGUCCUUUUUCAGAAACUACAACUGCAGAAUUGAAAACACAGAUGAUGGUCAAGAAGGUGACGUACUAGAGUUGAUCUGUGGCCACAAACUUGUUUCUCCAGUGAAUGAAUUUUUUGGUUUGUGUAAAGGCGCCUAUUAAGUCUGCAGACCGUAGGGACAUACGGAGAGUCUAAUUCGCCAUUUCUAAUUGUGAAAUUAUUUCUGUUACCACUGUGAGACUGUUUCCAGUUUUCUAAUAUGUUUUGUCAGCGGGGGCUAUGAAAGGUCAUUAAAUUGAUCUCCGUGUGAUA